CGCCAGGAAAUCUACAACUUUAUUUCUUCUGCACGACUUUUACCGGCGCAACAAAAAACUACAGUAGCAACCAACGAGAAUAACAUACAAGUAGUGGCAAAGAUGACGGAGAACUUAUCUUAUGUAUCAGAAGUACCAGCACAACAGGUUGGAAGCAGCGCGACUGAGGAAAAUGAAAUGAAAGAAAUCGUUGAACUGCAGUCACCGAAGCGUAAAGAUAAUAAAGGAGUGACUGUGACGUGGAAAAACGUCAGAGCGACGGUAAAAGAAAGAAAAAAUAUUUGUGGAAAAAUUAUUCAAAAAGAAGCAAAUAUUUUAAAUGGCGUUUCUGGCCAUGCUAAGACCGGUUCUUUACUCGCGGUCAUCGGCUCAAGCGGAUCUGGUAAGACAACCCUUCUCAAUACUUUGACGUGUCGGAGAAUCAAGUCGCUAGAUGUCACAGGAGAGGUUCUUGUAAAUGGUGCUUCUAUGGGAGCGGAUAUCUCCAGCAUAUCCGCAUACGUUGAACAAGAUGAUUUGUUUAUGGGGGAGCUGACGGUGAAGGAACAUCUCAUGUUUACCGCACAAUUACGAGUGGAUCCUUCAAUAACAAAAAUCGAAAAACGAAAGAGGGUUGAUGACGUCAUAGAAGAGAUGCGACUACAAAGAUGCCAGGACACAAGAAUCUGUGCACUAGGUAGCGACCAAGCGCUGUCAGGAGGGGAACUAAAAAGACUGAGCGUUGCGUCGGAGUUCCUUGCCAAACCAGCUAUUAUGUUUUUGGACGAACCAACUUCUGGGUUGGAUUCAUAUCUUGCUACUGUUGUGGUCGGUUGCAUGAAAGAAGUUGCCAAGAAAGGUUGCACCGUUAUCUGUACAAUACAUCAACCAAGCUCUGAAGUUUUUGAAAUCUUCGACGACCUGAUGAUUCUAGCUAUGGGUCGAGUGGUUUACCAUGGAGAGGUUGCGGGUGCAAUGCAACAUUAUGCGCGAAACGGUAGUGUAUGUCCCGCUAACUACAACCCAGCGGAUUUUUACAUCAAAGAAGUUUCCAUUGUUGCUGGCGAGGAAAACAAAGCAAAGGAAACUAUUGAUAAAUUGGCGAAACGUUUUGAAACUUUAGAUGAAAAAGAUACAUCGAAUUCAAGUACCAGCAAGAAAUGCGACGACAUUAGUAAGAAACAAGCACGAACCAGUACCACCAAAUCACGCUACAGGGUCAACUUUAUACGGCAGCUUAUACCCUGUUUGUUUCGAGCUAUUAAACUAACUUUUAGAAACAAUGUUAUUCGCGCAAGGUUCUUUGGAAACUGUUUCACAGGCCUCGUCAUAGGUUUGGUGUUCCUCCGCACGUUUAAUACGCCAUACUCAAGUAAAGAGGUCCGAGACAUCUAUGGCUUAUUUUUUAUUCUAAUAUUUUCAGCUACAGUUAAUGGAACAAUCACAACUGUGCAGGCCUUCCCGCUACAGAUCGAAGUUUCAGUAAGAGAACAUCGAAAUGCUUUAUAUUCUGUUGCUGUGUUUUUUCUCUCGAAGAAUAUAGCGGAGUUAAUGUCGUUUACUUUAAUCCUUAUAGUCAAGUCCAUAAUAGUUUAUUUUAUGACAGGAUUAUACCCCGGUGUCGGCCAUUUCUUCCUGUACGUGCUCAUAGUGGUAAUAUUGGUGAAUACGUGUGUUUCAAUUGGAUAUUUCAUCGCAUGCCUUGCGAAAAAUCAACAUACAGCUCUAACUUUUGUGCCGCCUGUCGUGUUGCCGAUAAUGAUACUAUCAGGGGUAUUUAUAAACGAGAGAAACGUCCGCGUCUAUCUACAAUGGAUCAAAUAUUUAUCUUGGUUCGACUAUUCUAGUAAGUUGCUAAUGGUCAACCAGUGGAGGUCGGUAGAGAGCUUUGAAUGUGACGUCAUACAGAACAAUGGUACAGUGUUAUCACAAACAAAUAGAACCUUGGACUGCUUGUUCCGGAACGGAAAUGACGUUCUGAAAUAUUACGACAUUGACCAGGAAAGGUUUGGGGAAUAUUUUGGCUGCAUGGUGGCGGUGUUGAUCGGGUUCCGGUUACUAGCGUUCGCGCUACUUUUCAGAAGAUUUCGAGAUUAGUGAUGUCAGGAGAUUUCGAGAACAGUGACGCCAUAAUACUGAUCAUCAACUAACAUGUUUCAUGUUAUGUGUUUACGAAGUAACAGACAAUAAACGACCGAGAUUAAGCAGAAAUGCUUGUAAUCAUUUUGUUACCCUCGCGUAUCCGAAAACCGACAGUCGGUAUAACAUGGGUGUUCUGUUUCAAACACUCCGCGAGCCAGCUUACGAGUUAUCAUGUAUGUUACUUUGCGGGAGACUUUUAUGUGUCGCUGAUAAUUCGGACAACCCAUUAGUGACCACUGGGUAGGAGCAUCUGUUCUGCCCAAUGACACAUACGCCCACAAUGGUAGCAGCGAAGAGCCUUGAACCCAUUACCUAUGGGUUAGAGGCAGGCGCGCUAACCACUUUGCCACGACGCCGGAAUCAUAAGGCGUAAACUUAUUGUUACGUCACAAUGGAUAACAAUCAUCAGCGCUCACGUGGUUUCCGCGAAUAAACAAUUAUUAUUGCUCGAACAACAUUUCGUAUUUGUUGACCGAAAACGCUAUUACAUAUUCUAAAAAAUAUACCAAAGUCAAACUUUACCACAGUAUACUGUUUUAUUGAUAAAACUCAAAAUCCAAAACAAAUCAGAAAACUUUUGUUUUCGUAACAAAACACCAAACUGUAUGACAAAGAUGUAACGACAAAAGUCCCCAGACGAAAAUAUCUCGUCGAUACGCUCCAGUGGGCUUACGUCAUUGUUUGAAAACCCGAUCAAUUGGACUCGAGUGUGACGCCACAAUGCCCAUUAUGAAAAACAGACGCGCGUUCAGACAGGUAGUGACAAAUGUUUGUCCAGUUUCUAUCUACUUUAAAUAUGUAAAACAAGGUUUAGG